GUGAUGCCAUGCCCCGCCACCUCGCGGGAGGAGAGGAGGGCGGUGCCGCCGGCCUCUGGGUGAGGAGCGGCGCGGCGGCGGCGGCGGGUGGGGGGCGCCCGGGCAGCGGCAUGAAGGAUGUGGAGUCCGGCCGCGGCAGGGUGCUGCUGAACUCGGCGGCCGCCAGGGGCGACGGCCUUCUGCUGCUCGGCACCCGCGCGGCGGCGCUCGGCGGAGGCGGCGGCGGCCUGAGAGAGAGCCGCCGGGGCAAGCAGGGGGCCCGGAUGAGCCUGUUGGGGAAACCGCUCUCCUACACCAGCAGCCAGAGCUGUCGGCGCAACGUCAAGUACCGGAGGGUGCAGAACUAUCUGUACAACGUGCUGGAGAGACCCCGCGGCUGGGCGUUCGUCUACCACGCGUUUGUCUUUCUCCUUGUAUUUGGUUGUUUGAUUUUGUCAGUGUUUUCUACCAUCCCUGAGCACACAAAAUUGGCUUCAAGUUGCCUCUUAAUUUUGGAGUUCGUGAUGAUCGUCGUCUUUGGCUUGGAGUUCAUCAUUCGAAUCUGGUCUGCAGGUUGCUGCUGUCGUUAUAGAGGAUGGCAAGGAAGACUGAGGUUUGCUCGGAAACCUUUCUGUGUUAUAGAUACCAUUGUUCUUAUCGCUUCAAUAGCAGUUGUUUCUGCAAAAACUCAGGGUAAUAUUUUCGCUACGUCAGCGCUCAGAAGUCUCCGGUUCCUACAGAUCCUGCGUAUGGUGCGCAUGGACAGAAGGGGAGGCACUUGGAAGUUGCUGGGCUCCGUGGUUUACGCUCACAGCAAGGAAUUAAUCACAGCUUGGUACAUAGGAUUUCUGGUUCUUAUUUUUUCAUCGUUCCUUGUCUAUCUGGUGGAAAAAGAUGCCAAUAAAGAGUUUUCUACGUAUGCAGAUGCUCUCUGGUGGGGCACGAUUACACUGACAACCAUUGGCUAUGGAGACAAAACGCCCCUAACUUGGCUGGGAAGAUUGCUGUCUGCAGGGUUCGCACUCCUUGGCAUUUCUUUCUUUGCACUCCCUGCUGGCAUUCUUGGCUCAGGUUUUGCAUUGAAAGUCCAAGAGCAGCACCGCCAGAAACAUUUUGAGAAAAGAAGGAACCCAGCUGCCAACCUCAUUCAGUGCGUUUGGCGUAGUUAUGCAGCUGAUGAGAAAUCUGUUUCCAUUGCAACCUGGAAGCCACACCUGAAGGCCUUGCACACCUGCAGCCCUACCAAGAAAGAACAAGGGGAGGCAUCAAGCAGUAAGUUCUGUAGUAAUAAGCAGAAGUUCUUCAGAAUGUACACCUCACGGAAGCAGAGUCAGAAGCUGAGCUUUAAGGAGCGAGUGCGCAUGGCUAGCCCACGAGGCCAGAGCAUUAAGGGCAGACAAGCAUCCGUAGGUGACAGGAGGUCCCCGAGCACGGACAUCACUGCCGAGGGCAGCCCCACCAAAGUUCAGAAGAGCUGGAGUUUCAACGACCGAACCCGCUUCCGGCCCUCACUGCGCCUCAAGAGUUCGCAGCCAAAGCCUGUGAUAGACGCUGACACAGCCCUUGGCACCGAUGACGUAUAUGAUGAAAAAGGAUGCCAGUGCGACGUGUCCGUUGAGGACCUCACUCCACCACUUAAAACUGUCAUUCGAGCUAUCAGAAUUAUGAAGUUUCACGUUGCAAAGCGGAAGUUUAAGGAAACGUUACGUCCAUACGAUGUGAAAGAUGUCAUUGAACAGUAUUCUGCUGGUCAUCUGGAUAUGCUGUGUAGAAUUAAAAGCCUCCAAACACGUGUUGACCAAAUUCUUGGAAAGGGGCAGAUCACAUCGGAUAAAAAGAGCCGAGAGAAAAUAACAGCAGAACACGAGACGACAGAUGACCUCAGCAUGCUUGGCCGGGUUGUGAAGGUUGAAAAGCAGGUCCAGUCCAUCGAGUCCAAGCUAGACUGCCUGCUGGAUAUCUACCAACAGGUCCUGCGGAAAGGCUCCGCCUCAGCCCUCACCUUGGCCUCAUUCCAGAUGCCGCCUUUUGAAUGUGAACAGACAUCAGACUAUCAAAGUCCUGUGGACAGCAAAGACCUGUCCAGCUCCGCACAAAACAGCGGCUGCCUAACAAGGUCAGCCAGUGCCAACAUCUCAAGAGGCCUGCAGUUCAUUUUAACGCCAAAUGAGUUCAGUGCUCAGACUUUCUAUGCGCUUAGCCCUACUAUGCAUAGCCAAGCAACACAGGUGCCGAUGAGUCAAACCGACGGCUCCUCCCUGGUGGCCACCAAUAACAUUGCAAACCAAAUAAGUGCUGCACCCAAGCCAGCAGCCCCAACAACCUUACAGAUCCCACCUCCUCUCCCAGCCAUCAAGCACCUGUCCAGGCCGGAAACUCUGCACCCAAAUCCCACUGGCUUACAAGAGAAUAUUUCUGAUGCCACCACCUGCCUUGUUGCCUCCAAGGAAAAUGUUCAGUUUGCACAGUCAAAUCUGACCAAGGACCGUUCCCUGAGGAAAAGUUUUGACAUGGGAGGAGAAACUCUGCUGUCUGUCCGGCCUAUGGUCCCCAAGGAUUUAGGCAAAUCUUUGUCUGUACAAAACCUGAUCAGAUCAACAGAGGAACUGAGCCUCCAGUUUUCAGGCAGUGAGUCCAGUGGCUCCAGAGGGAGCCAGGAUUUUUAUCCCAAGUGGAGAGAAUCCAAAUUGUUUAUAACUGAUGAAGAGGUGGGGGUGGAGGAGACAGAGACAGAUACUUUCGACGGCACCCCACAGCCUUCGGGGGAAGCUGCUUUUACAUCAGACUCUCUAAGGACUGGAAGGUCAAGGUCAUCUCAGAACAUUUGUAAGACAGGAGACAGUACAGAUGCCCUCAGUUUGCCUCAUGUCAAACUGAACUAAGUUCUUUGUUUUUCGUUCUAGGCAUAGCUGUUCUUUUAGCCAUACAUAUCACUGCAUGAACUACUCUGAAAGCCCUUCUAAAAAGUCGAAAUUGCAAGAUGCAGGAAGAAUAUGAAAGGCCAUUUAUAAGCCUGUUAUAUUUUAAUUGCAUGAAAAUGCAUGUUUAGGGAUGGCAGAAACUCCAAGGUACAUCGACAUUAACCCAUGCAUUUAAUUAUGUACCUUGAGUCUAAAGUCCCAAGCAAACAGUUGCUGCUGAUGCUAUGGGGUGUGCGAAGAUAUCGGCAUUAGUUCAAUUGCAAGAAUUGACACUGUACUUUGAAAUUGUGAGAGUAAACACCUUCAAAUUUCAGGCAUUUCUGCUUUAUGACUAGAUACAAAGUGCAUUUUCAAAAUUAGGCCAUAAUGUAUGUUUAGACACAAUGGCUAUCAACAGCUGCUAAUAACACAAGUAAAGCAGAUUUGGAAUAUAGCAGAAAAGGCUGCUUAUUUCAAGAUACCUUUGCCAACCUCCUCAGUCAUUUUAUUAAUGUAAUUUGAAUGUCAAUCUGUGUGCUUUUGGUGACUUAGCGCUGUGGCAAGCAAUUUUGCACAUUGUUUUCAUGUUGUCCUUUAUGCUGAGAAUGUUUUCUAAUUAUAAAAUGGGCAGAUAAUGCUAUUCAGGGCCAGUGGGGCAAGAGACUCACUCUCCCUUGGACACCUUCAACUCCAUGAAAAAGCAUAGUUUCUAAUGGAAGAGUCAACCCUGUCAAUGAUCAGCCUCUUUACAAGAAUAGGAAAUACUGAUGGAUGUAAUGGCCUGUGCAACUGGGCUGGUCUCUUGGUGAGGAUACAACCACAGG